UAAUGGUGUUUCUAUGGUAACACUAACAUGUCGUUCGUCGGUGGAGAAAGUCGAGGUGAGAGUCUUGUUGCUUCGAGGCAGCUCAGCUUGAGUCUUUUAUCUUCCUCUGGGAUCAUUCCAAGAAAAAGAAAAAAGAAAAUAUACAAAGCAACCCAUCAGAGAUCAUCUCCAGCAACCACAGCAUCAAUACCAAGCAAAUACAGAACAUACUUCACUCCUUGCAAUGAGAGGAAAGGGUUCAACUGCCAGUCUACAAGGUUUACACCAGAGACUGAUGAUCAUCCAGGACCAGGGCACUAUCCUUUCUUUCAAUCAUCAAUGACAGUUCAAGAGGAAUCACUAUCAAAGAGAGGUACUGGUGGAUUUGCAUCUAGAGCAAAAAGGUUCUCAAAGACAAGAUCACUGGACAGUAGCAUGGUUCUUGGACCAGGGGCUUAUAAUCCUAUAAUACCAUCAAGACGAGUUGACUUCAACAGAACUGAAGCUAGCAGGACGUUCCAUACUUCAGUACUAACAGAAGAUCCACUCACUCCUCGUCCUGUGGCAAACACAGGCCCAGGCCCUAACACAUAUCACGUAUCAGACACUCCGACUAAAACAAGCAAACUAAUAACAGGAGAGGCAGUCUUCAAGAGCAAGACAGAGAGAGGAGACUGGAAAAAGAAAUCAACCAACCCAGGGCCAGGGGAUUACAGUCCUUACGAACGAGCAGCAGCGACUAGUGGCAGAAAAACUGCAAACUUUCAAUCAAAAACAAAAAGGGAUUUAUUAUCGCUGACCGGCACGGGAAUCGAUAACCCUGGCCCUGGACAUUACUUUAAGACAACCUCCACUAAAACAAAGUACAAUUUGAUUCCAUACCACAAACAGAAACACUAUCUGUGCAUAUCAGCACCAGCUAUUCCACUCCCUCCCUUACCUCCUCUCCCAGGACCUGGCCAUUAUGAGGUGGCACCUAGUGGUAGCUCGGAAGACAGUACUCAGUUAGUAGGUGGAGCUGUUUUUAAGAGUAAUAGUAGCCGUUGGAAAGGAGAGGAUCCACUAGUACAUCAACCAGGACCAGGUGACUAUGAUCCUAAAGCUAUUGGUAAGCAAUCAUUCCUAUACAAUUGGACACACAAAUGGAUAUAGUGAUAAGAAUAAUGAUUAUAAUAACAUGUAAUAAAAUUAUUAUUCCAAUUAAAAGUAUCAUAUUAAAAUAA